CUUUGGAUCCUAUCCCAUUUUCCCCCUUUCUAUUAAUUUCCCCCUUCUCUCUCCCUCAGGAUAUAUACACAUAAUAUAUCUAUAUAUGUUUCUUGAUCUAUAAAUAGAAAGGACUUGAAAGAACUAACACUGUAGUGAUCACCCCAUCUUCAACACUCUCGCACAAAGAUUUGAAGUUCUCUUCUAUUGAUUUAUUAGCUCUCUCCCUCGAGCGUUUUCUGUAUAGAGAGAGAGAGAGAGAGAGAGAGAGAGAGAUGUCAAGCAGCAGCUGCAUAGAUGUAGCAGCAGCAUCUGAACAACUGUGUUAUAUCCCUUGUAACUUUUGCAAUAUUGUUCUUGCGGUAAGUGUACCAUGCAGCAGCUUGUUUGACAUAGUGACAGUAAGAUGUGGACACUGCACCAAUCUGUGGUCUGUGAAUAUGGGCAUGGCUGCUGCCUUUCACCAGUCUUUCUCAAAUUCCAAUUCCUCCUCCCAAGAUUGUACUUCUCAUCAUCAACAUGGCCAGGCUCCGAACCACACACCUCCAAAUUAUAGGGUGGUGGGUUCUGCUUCAAAGUACAACAACAGGAUGCCAAUGAGGCCAUCUCCGACUUCCAUUACUAAUGACCCAAAGAUCAAUCGCCCUCCGGAGAAGAGGCAGCGUGUUCCUUCUGCUUAUAACCAGUUCAUAAAGGAGGAGAUCCAAAGGAUCAAGGCAAAUAAUCCAGAUAUCAGCCAUAGGGAAGCCUUUAGUACUGCUGCAAAAAAUUGGGCACAUUUCCCUCACAUUCAUUUUGGGUUGAUGUUGGAAGCCAAUAAUCACCAAGCAAAACUUGACGAGCUGAGUUGUGUCCAAGGAUCUGAGAAGCGACUAAGAUCCAGGACUGCAUUGUUUAAGAAAUGAUUGAUUUUAAGAACAUCUAAGCAAAUCAUCUUAUAUAUUUAUAUUUUGAGCUCAAGAAAAUGGUGGCCUUAAUUUGGUAUAAAGACAUAUAUUAAUGUUUGGGUAUUUUCAAAUUCUAUUUUACAGUCAUAUGAGUGAUGUUAUAUGUGUAUUUUCAUUUUUAUCAAGAAAUAAGCUAUUUUUGGUGAACA